AUGCAAAUUUCUAUACUGUUCGCUGUAGGAUGUGCGAUCCCAGAGUGCGAAGGUGAAAUAUUUGAACUAAACUCCACAAUACCGCACGACCACAACGGUGAACCCGAUAAGUGCUUUCGGUACGCACCAUUCACCAACAUAACGCGCUUGACCAACACCAGCCAAUGUUUGCCACACUUAUUUGACACAUCGACGAAGAUAAAGUGCGACUCUUACGUUUAUUUAGAAGAACAUUCUAUUGUUAAAGAGUUCGACCUAGGUUGUCAAAAUUGGAAGCGUUCCUUAGUGGGUACGGUCCACAACGCCGGUUUCUUCGUAGCGAUUCCCCUGACGGGACUGAUCUCAGAUAAAUAUGGCCGCCGUCCCGCUGUCAUCUUCGCUGCUGUAUCUAAUGGCGUCUUCGGCGUCAUUCGGGCAUUGUCGGUUAAUUAUGACAUGUUCGUUGUGUUUGAAUUUCUGGAACCAGCUUUUGGUGCAGGCGUUUACACAGCAUGUUUUGUACUUGCCCUAGAACUUGUGGGUCCAAAAGGCAGAGUCUUCGCCAGUCUACUCUUCAACACCAUGUUCAUCCUUGGCGGAGUUGCCGUUACGCUCCUCUCCUGGUGGCUACAAAAUUGGCGAUAUCUCCUCUUUGUCAUCUACACACCCUCCGUAUUCACCUUCAUCUACAUCUGGAUGCUCCCUGAAAGCUUCAGAUGGCUUUUCAGUAAAGGCAGAUACGAAGAAGGCGUCAAGGUUCUCAGUAGAUCGGAGAAAUUGAACAAGGUCGAUGUCCCAAAAAACUAUUAUGAACAAGUUGAGAAGCAAGCUACAAAGCAAAGAGAUGAGAGAAAGUGUGAGAGUUUGGAGAAAAACCAGUCUACGUUCAACCAACUUCUUAGAUCCAGUAUGAUAUGGAAACGGCUGUUCAUAUGUUCUUUCCUUUGGAUAUCAUCUACCUUAGUCUACUAUGGCCUCUCUAUAAAUGCAAUAGAGUUGUCUGGGAAUAGUUACUUGAACUAUAUAGUGAUUUUGGUGAUAGAGGCGCCUGCUAAUGUCUGCAAAUUGAUAUUCCUGGACAGAUUUGGCAGAAAGAGAGUGAUAGCAACUGCUUAUUUUAUGACCGGAUUGAUUUUGAUUAACUACGGAUUUGUUCCAGCUGGCAACUGGUCAAUAUUGCUGUACCUUGGAGGAAAGUUUUUUAUAACUUUGGCGUACAAUUCACUGUAUGUCUUCGCUGCUGAGGUGUUCCCAACAAACUAUAGAACGUCCCUUCUUGCCAUGACUUCGACGAUAGGCCGAAUAGGAUCCACGGUCGCACCGCAGACACCUUUGUUGACGAGGUACUACAAGUAUCUCCCAACAAUGAUAUUCGGUAGUAUGGCAGCAUUGUCUGGCUUUCUAGUUCUCCUACUACCAGAGACAAACAACAUGAAACUACCAGACUCUUUGAAAGAAGCGCAAGAUCAGGACAUGAAAGAAGAAGAGACGAGAGAAGAAAGACCUUCAGAUAACAAAACCAGAUUAUAG